CCCUCGCGGGCGCGGGCGCGCGCACGCCGCCCUGUCGUCGUUGUGAGCGCGACCGCGCUGCCCGGCGCUGGGGGGCGGGGUUGCGGGUGACCCUCCUAAGGCCGCCAAGGGGAGGCAGAACUCUGCCACAGGGAAUGGCUGCCUCUUCCUCCUCCUCCUCGGCUGGAGGUGUCAGUGGAAGCUCCGUUUCUGGAUCUGGAUUCAGUGUCUCGGACCUUGCCCCACCACGGAAAGCCCUUUUCAACUACCCUAAAGGGGCUGGGGAGAUGCUUGAAGAUGGCUCUGAGAGAUUCCUCUGUGAGUCCGUGUUCAGUUACCAGGUGGCAUCCACGCUUAAGCAGGUGAAGCACGAUCAACAAGUUGCUCGGAUGGAAAAACUAGCUGGUUUGGUAGAAGAGCUGGAGGCUGAUGAGUGGCGAUUUAAACCCAUCGAACAGCUGCUGGGGUUCACACCCUCUGCAAGAUGAUGUCACCCGAUGGUCACUGCUGGGACACAGCCAGAGCAGAGCUGACGAGGCAGCCAGAGAUUCCCAGUUGCAUUGCUGAACUGCUGAUUUACCUCCAUACUUGGACUCUGUAUCUGUCCACAGGCAACAAAUACUUAAAUGUG